UCCAUGUUGUGUUCAAGUUGAGCUGGUGCUUUUAAUAUUUUUUUUUUACAAAGAUGUCACCACUAGGCUGCAGGCAGGUCCUGCUUGGUUUGGAGAUGGGUUUGCUGGUUCUGGUGGUCCAAUUGUCUGGAGUCACCGGACAGGUCAGUCUAGAGGCAGGGUCGUCCUGCUAUGGAGGAUUUGACCUCUACUUCGUUCUGGACAAAUCCGGCAGCGUGCAGCAUCACUGGAAUGAAAUAUUUUACUUUGUGAAUCACCUGGCUCACAAGUUCAUCAGUCCUCAGCUGCGCAUGUCUUUCAUUGUGUUCUCAACUGAUGGACGGACUCUGAUGCCUCUAACAGAAGACAGAGAGCAGAUUCGUGGAGGGCUGGAGAUGCUGCGCAUGGUCCAGACAGGGGGGGACACCAACAUGGACCGAGGGUUUCAGAGAGCCAGUGAGCAGAUAUACUACGGUACCGGAGAUGGUUACCGGACGGCCAGCGUUAUCAUCGGCCUGACGGAUGGUGAACUGCGAGAGAACCAGUUUGACUUGGCCCAGAGAGAAGCCGGACGAGCGCGACAGUUGGGGGCUACUGUUUACUGUGUGGGGGUCAAAGACUUCAACGAGACACAGCUUUCAAAAAUAGCUGACAGCAAAGACCACGUCUUCCCCGUGAACGAUGGAUUUGAGGCGCUGCAGGGAGUCAUUGACUCGAUCCUGAAAAGAUCCUGCAUUGAGAUUUUAGCUGUUGAACCUUCAAGCAUCUGUGAGGGAGAAUCCUUCCAGGUGGUUAUAAAAGGAAACGGUUUCCUUCACUCCCGCGACGUCCAGAAAGUUCUCUGCAGCUUCCGCAUCAAUGACACAGUGACUUUCAUGAAGCGACCGCUGGUGGUGAAGGACACUUACCUGCUGUGUCCCGCUCCCGUGCUGGAGAAACAAGGAACGUCUGCCACGCUCUACGUCAGCAUGAACAACGGCCUGAGUUUUAUAUCAAGCUCCGUCACCAUCACUGCCGUCACCUGCUCUGACGGGACAUUCGUGGCCGUCGCUCUCCUGAUUCUGCUGCUGCUGCUGAUGGUCGCCCUGCUGUGGUGGUUUUGGCCGCUGUGCUGCACCGUGGUCAUCCACGAGCCACCUCCUCCGGUGAUAGAAGAAUCUGAUGAUGAAGACGGCUUCCCAAAGAAGAGGUGGCCCACAGUGGACGCUUCAUACUACGGCGGUCGAGGCGUCGGUGGCAUCAAGAGGAUGGAGGUGCGGUGGGGCGAUAAAGGAUCGACAGAAGAAGGAGCAAAGUUGGAAAAGGCCAAAAAUGCUCGGGUGGUGAUGCCAGCGCAGGAAUACGAACCCGCUCCAUCGAGAUCAUACUGCCACACGUACAAGCCUUCGUACCAGCAGACGUGGUAUUCUCCCAUCAAGGGAAAACUGGACGCUCUGUGUGUUUACCUGAGAAAGGGUUACGACCGCGUGUCUGUGAUGAGACCUCUGCCUGGAGACAAGGGCAAAUGCAUCAACUUCACUCGCAGUCGGUCCCUCCCUGCUCCUCGCUAUCCCAUCUACAAGCACCCCACCUCACCCAUCUACACUGUACCCCUGAACAACCAGCGUCCGCCCACCGAGGACUGCUACCUUUUCCACCUCCCUCCAUCCCCUACAUCAACUCUCCCACCUCUGCCGUCCACUCCUCCCCCAUCCUCCACCAUCCACCUGGACUUCACACCACCGCCGAACAGAUCGCUGCCCCGAAACUGUCCGAUCUACGACGCAACGCCUCCGCCCCCGAGCUGCUCUCUGCUGCCUCCUCCACCACAGAGCCCCCCACCUUGUAGAGCCCCUCCUCCGUCUCGCCCUCCCCCACGUCCAAAUCACGAUUGCCAAUGAAGACAACUCAGAAAAGGGAAUCUCAGGGUGAAUCUUGUGAGCUUUUCUCUUUGUUGCCCAAGUUAUGAGCUGCGAUCGAACUUAAAGGCAGCAGACAGGUACAGUACUCACUGGAUCUUGCUGUUGUCCUCAACAAAAUCAACAGACAAAGCUGAGUCUCUUUGUGUUGUAUAUAGUUUACAAACAAAUCCUCCCCUUUCAAUUUAAGAGAGAUUUAUUUUUGCACAGACGUGGAACAUGAUAAAGAAUUACGCAAUGUAAUGAUUACUGACCAAUAGAAUACACCACAACAAUCCAAUGUCUUUUACAAUUCGUCCACUAGAAGGUCACAAUUUUGAGUUCGCUCACGUUGCAAAAAGUCUUGUAUAUAUCAUAAUAAACAGAAAG